CAAAGGAAAAAGAGAAAGAAAGAAAACCUCAUAUACCUCUCUUAAUCCAAAGACCAGUACUGAAGUGCAUUUACUUCCCAGAUGGACUUUAACACUAAAACAGGGAAGGUUUACCUCCAACCACACAAAGCUGGCAAAAAAUGGAAGCCGGUGUGGUUGUCCCUGUUUCCCCCUAGUAGCAGUGGAGUGGGUCGACUGGAGAUCCAGGAUUUGGGAGGAGGUGGUGCAGGAGGUGAUCAUGGCACUGGGGUCAGGAGACACCGCCAGCCUCUUGGGGACAGAAAGCUGAAAGUGGUCCAACUGUCUGAGCUGAUCAGUGUCCUCAGACUCCCUCCAAACGCUGAGGCCUGUCCCUUGGAGAACAUGUCAGCAUUUUGUGUGGAGACACAGGACAGAACAAUGGUGUUUGCCGCACUCAAAGACGACUGUGUGGACUGGGUAGAAAAGCUGAGUCACAGCACGUUUCAGAGAGGAGGUGACUCAGGCUCUAAUCAGCUUCAUAUGGAAGAGAAUCAGAUAUAUGCCUCAGGAGAUGAGGCCUCAGAGUUCUGGGUUGUGGUUCAGAGGACGGAUGCAGCAACACGUUCUGGUCUGCAGGGAUCAUACUGGCUGCAGGUCGGACGAGAGGCACUGCUGCUACGAGAGACACAGAAGAAGAACAUUGUUGGGGAAUGGCCGUAUGAACUGCUGAGACGAUAUGGAAAAGAUAAGCUGAUUUUAACCAUUGAAGCAGGCAGGCGCUGUGAAUCUGGUCCUGGAACAUUCACCUUUGAGACACAGCAGGCUGAGAAAAUAUUCUCCCUGAUCCAGACUACCAUCAAACAGAAGACUUCAUCUGUUGCUUUGGGUAAUCAAAACCAAGAGGCUGAGAAAGUUGCUGUAACCAACAUACAGGCUCAUUCCCCUCUCCCCAAAAUACCUGAUAUGACCACUAUGGCUGCCAUUCUGGAGAACAACCUGAAGACAGAGGAGAGGAAAUGUGCUGCUUUAGAAGAGAGUGCACAUAUUCAAGAUGAACUGGUUGUUCAGUCAGAAUGUGUAUCAGCACAGCCAGUUCCCAUCACACUCAUGCCUCUCCCACUGAUCCCCACACAUGACAGCCCCUCUGGACAUCAUCAUGGUGGCCAAUCAGAUGCUGUAUAUGCUGACCCAGCUGACUGCAUCCAAUCUGUCCCAGAACAGCAUCUGUCCACAGCUCUGUAUGUAGACCCUGCGAGUGUUCUUCCACUAAAACCCCCCAGUUCAAGAGAAUCUGUUAUUCCCCGCCAUAACCCCUUCUCUCCACAUCCCUGCUUUAACAUUGAUCACCCAGAUUCGGUCUAUUCAGAGGUGUAUGACAAAAUCAGUCCAGUCCUGAGUAAACAAGCUGCCAUUCAGGGUAAAGGAAAAACAAAGUGUUUUGCAGAUGAUGAACCUAUUUAUACUGAGCCCAUGUAUGAGAAAGAAGAGGCAUCGUAUAAAAAUGAAACCAAAUCCGACCCAUUUGCCCACCUUUAUGCUCAAAUCUGCAAGACAGCAAAAUCAUCUAGUACCUCUGCAUCUUCUAACACCACCCCUUCCUGCUCUGCUCCCUGUUUCUCUGCCACUGACGAUACAACCAGAACAAAAGACAUGGACAAAUCUCUUGAUGAUGUAAUCUAUGAAAAUCUGGGUGUCAUUUAGUGACUCAAUACCAAUCCCAAAUCUAUGUAUGGUCUGGCAUCAAUUUUUCUGUUGUUUAAAAUUAUAGAUAGAAAGUGUAGGAGAAACAGUAAAUGCUAGCAUUUCUCCUGCACUUUGUAUCUGUGUAAAAAACAUUUUUUCCUAUUUCUAAAGAAAAUGGGGUUCAUAUGUGACCCUCUAUUGUCACUGUGCCCAUAUAUUGCAUGUCGCUACAGUUAUUUGUGUUUAUUAAAAUUACCACACAGAACCCUGGGGCCAGAUAAUAUUCCAUAUUAAAAAUGUACAAAUUGCACCAAGAGUGGGAGCUCAUUUGUCUCUGAGCCCCCCUGUCAGGGUAGUCCAGCCAUGUAUCUGUUGUAUAUGGGAUGUGUUGAAGUUUGGUGGUACAAGGGUCUGAAUGGACAUCAGGGUAAGGCAUGUCUGUACUGGUCUUGGAAAAGUGACAAAAAUGUCAGAUCUUUUUUUUUAUUUAGUUGUUUUUCUAAUGUGAAAAUGGUAGAUUGCAUUUCUAACACAUGUGACACAUAUCUCUUUUAAAAUAAAUAUAUAUUUCAAUUUUAACCAUACAGCUUCAUCAUGUAUUGAUCAGAAUAAUUUCACAUGGAUGAGUUCAAGUUCAAGUCUUGUAUAAUAAGUGUAUAUAAGACAGUGUAUAACAAAACAUUUUGGAGUUGCCCGUUGAUGACAAAUUCUCAUCUUCUCUGGAUUGGCUUUCAUGUUUCUACCACUGAGUGACAUUUUUAGUGUUGUACAGUUAAUCCAUUUUUCAUUGUAAGACAUUUUAUAUUUUGGCACAUAUCUUAAAGAGAAUUUUUGUCAUCAUUGCAGUGGAUGUUACUAUGUGUCAAUCUGCCUUUAAAACACAUUUCAAAUACACUGAAUAUUGACAUUUUCCAAAUCCAGCUUCCUUUGCUUUAAUUCUUUCAAAGUUACGUCUUUUGAAUAAGUAAGGUGAGUAUUAGUCCAUUGCCUAAGUUUUAUUUUCCAGCCAACUAUUUUCUUAGUGAAUGCAGGAUGCUUGAUGUGGCUUUGUAAGUAGCAAGGAGGAAUACUUACUGAAUGUAUGCAGUGGUGCUGUUACAUCAGCACAUGCAAGAAGUCUGAUCUGUUGCCAGUACUAAUAGGCAGGAGAUUUUAGCACAUUGCGUUAAAGGAAAGAACAAAUACAGGGGUGGAGGGCAGGGAGGGGGUUAUCUGAGUUGUAUCCAUCAUAUGGGUUAGGCAUUCUCAAAAUACAUAGCCUAUAUGGACUGUAACUGGUGAAUUCUUAAAACCCAGCUACAUAUUUAGAUUUAUUUUUCAAAGAAUUUAUUCUAAUUUCAGCUUUUUUACUCACAAAACAAGGAGAACUCUGGGACUAAUCAGUCUUGUUCUGAUACAUUAUUUAAUGUAUUUGCUAUAUAUAUAAUGUACAUGCUGCGCACUUUAUUAGGGACACUUGUACACCUGUUUAUUUAUGCAAUUUUCAAAUCAAUCAAUAAUAUCGCAGCAGUGUAAUGUAUAAAAUCAUGCAGAUACAGGUCAGAGCUUCAGUUAAUGUUCACAUUAAACAUCAGUCAAUCACUCAAUGAUUGUUGUUGCCAGACGGGCUUGUUUGACUAAUUCUGAAACUGCUGAUCUCCUGAGAUUUUCAUGGACAACAGUCUCUACAGUUAGAGAGAGUCUCUAGAAUUACAGGAGUUGAACAUGUGGCAAAGUGAAUCCAUGUUCAGCUGUGGUCAGUGUUUUGCUCGAAUGAAAAAGUAGAUAUUUCCAGAUGUACUUUUGCCACAGCUGUGUCCAUAGAUAGGUAGAAUAACAGAACAUUUUCAUUUUUAUUAUUCAUGUUUAACUAACUAUUACGAUUUCACUCACAAUCAAAUUUUUUGACUAUUUUAAGGAAAAUGUAUCGAUUUCAUUGUCCACCAAACUGGGCUGUUAAACUUAAUUUAGACCUAUGCCAGGCAGCACUGCAGAAAUCUGCUCACAGUGCAAACAUUGUAGGCUGCCUCUGUACAAGAUCCUGACUGAAUUAUGCUGAAUUUCUGACUUUUCAAUAAAUUUCCUUAAGAAUGUGGCCUCAUAGUAGCAUUUCACUCUACUGUGAAUGUUCAGGUGGCCACUGUUACACCUGUACUAUGUUGUAGAUGCUCUGUUGUGAUACAUGUAUAUUUGUGAUACAUGUUUAUUGUCAUGUUCUUGACUAUGUCUCCCCUCUUCCUUGUGUUUUCCCUAUUCUUCCCCCUCCCUUGUGUUUCCUGUGUGUGUUGUCCUUUCUCUCUCUCUCUCUGCUUUGUCCUACCCUGGCCUUCUCUUCACUCAUUGCCAGAUUGUUGUGUCUGUCUGUACGGUAGACGUGCUCCAGCCUCUUAGCUUUUAAUCGAUUAAUUUUGAAAAUUUGAUGCUCGUGUCUGACUUUGACUUUUCCUGUGCCUCAGGUCCCCAUUUUUUCUCCUGCCCGCCUGCUUCCACAAUACUUAAGUCAUACUCCAGCUCAGACCUCUGCCUCUCAGUCUUUGGAACCCAUCAUCACAUUUUUAUUUUUGUAAUAAAAGAAAAGCUUUUCCCAUUCUUACAGUGAUCAGUGAUCUGUUUCUGGGUCCUCAUAAACUCAUCUCUGGUCAUGACAUAUAUACUUUAUUGCAAUUUAAAACUGCCCUUUUCCAAUAAUCAUAUUUUCGUCAGAACUGUAAGAGUUUUUCUAUAAAAUGUUGACAAUGAUUUGCAAAGAUUUUUACAACUAGAAAAGUGUGUGAAAUGUGAAAUGAAGACACAAACUCAAAAUAUUCUCCUAUUAACAAGUGCACAAGUGUAUUAUUUUGUUUUAUUUAUAUAUGCAAGCAAAUUUAUGUCUUUACAAAUAAAAAAGCCACUGUCUGCCCAGGCUGUUGGCACAGAUAUAUACAAAAAUGGAGGAGUGAAUUAGAUAAACGCCUGCUACUAAGCAACCAGAAUGAAGCACAAAAAAUCUAGAAUAUUAUGGAGAAACAGAAAAAGUUACUCCCUACGUCCAAAAUGUCGAACCUGACAUAAAACAUGGAUCUGAAAAAUGAGUCUUUGUUCAGAGAUUGACAUCAUCAGUUUUUAGGUCUGCGGUUCAGUUCAUGAUGGACAAGAGCUGAGAGACAGAGCUGAGAUUUUGUACUGCAAACACAGCCAAAAAGAUCAAAUGUUUUUCACAGACGGUUGGAAAUCAGACUUCAUGUUGUUGGAAUCCAUGCUUUAUUAUGCUGAUGUGGUCAGUUUUCUCAAUCCUGUCACAAAUGUCAGUGGUCAGGAUCAUGGAAUGGUAAAGUGUGUCCAUGUUCAGCUGUGGUCAGUGGGUAAACAAUAAGGACGCAGGAUUAGGUGGAUCAAUACACAUAUUUAUCCUCACAAAGACACGUGGGUUAGAAAGUAAACAAAGAGCUUUGCACAAAUGGUGAGCAAGCAGCUCACAUUCUCUUCCAGGAUCUUCUUGUGGCUUUUUAAGCAGUAAAUCUUAGGUUUUGGGAGAUCUGGCUUCAUUUAGACCUCAGUUACACCACCUGGUAAAGAUGACUCAGGUUUUUUUUUUUUUUUUUUUUUUUUUUUUU